CAUAUCCCAUUUACAGUCACUCUGCUUUCACAGUCACUCUGAAAUUACUCGGAAAGACGUGGAAACGAUGCGCUCCAACAUCACAACUAAGGACUUUCCUGCUUACAACCUAUUUCCAGAUGAAGUGUACACACCCUGCAACACCAACAUAAAGGCUUUUAGCCAAGUCUUCCUCCCUACACUCUACAGCAUUGUCUUCAUCGUGGGGUUCAUCGGCAACUGCCUGGUUGUUUGUGUCCUGGUCAAGUUCCACAAAAGGUCCAACAUGUCAGAUGUGUGUCUCUUCAACCUGACGCUUUCAGACCUCCUCUUCCUUCUCUCAUUACCUUUCUGGGCUCAUUACGCCCUCACCAGUCAGUGGACCUUCGGGAGCUUCAUGUGCCGUACAGUGACGGUGUUCUACAUGCUGGGAUUCUAUGGAAGCAUCUUCUUCAUGAUCCUUAUGACCAUUGAGCGCUACAGUGUCAUUGUCCACACCCAGACCUCCCUGUUCUCUAAGCACCGGUCUGUCAGAGCUAGCAUAGCCCUGGUUUUGUUUAUGUGGACACUUAGCCUGGGAGCUUCUCUGCCCACCGUCAUUUGGGCACAAGUGAACAAUAAAUCAGAAGAAUGGACAUGCAGUGUGGAAUAUCCAGAAGGAACAGAGUGGAGGUCUUUUUCUUACAUGGAGUUGAACAUCCUUGGUUUAAUUAUUCCUCUGUCAGUGAUGGUGUUCUGCUACUCACGCAUCAUCCCUAUCUUAAUGGCCAUGAAGUCUCAGAAGAAACACAGAGCUGUCAGGCUCAUGCUGGUCUUGGUCAGUGUUUUCUUCCUCUUCUGGACACCUUACAACAUCGUCAUCUUCCUGAAGUUCCUGCAGUAUUUGGGUUACAUGCACACUUGUGAGUGGGAUCAAGACCUGAACAUGGCUAUGCAGUGGGUGGAAACCAUAGCGUUCUGUCACUGCUGCAUCAACCCCAUCAUCUACGCCUUUGUGGGGCAGAGAUUCAGGAAGUUAUUUUUAAGGAUCCUUAAAGAGUGGUUUCCUUGUUGCUUUGGUCGCAUUAGAACAACUGCCACUGAGUUAUGCCAGAGAAUGUCCACUAUGCAAACUCACCAGUAACUUCCUGCUUAAUGGCAUGAUCAAAAGUGUAAUCUUUAUUUAAUCAUUAACAUGUAUAUCAAUUUGUUAAAAAAUUUAUUCUUUGUGUUUUUUUGUCCAAUCAUUUGCACAGUGUAAUGCUGAUACCACAAGAAUUAUUCUCUUACAUUGUUACUAGAAAAUAAUCACCCUUGUGUGUUGAGAGAAGCACAAACAUUGUAUUACACAAUUAAAUGUUUGUGCUUGUGAUCGAACACGCAAUUAGAUUCGUUUCUAGUUUGCUUUUCUUAUGAAUGUGUUUCAUGCCACACAAGUUGACAUACAGUAAUGACAUCACUGUAUCCCAACAUUGUUUAACACCGUCAUCAUAAGAUGAUGGCCUGCGUAAAUACACAGUUAAGGCUUUCUCAGGAGCAGCCCAAGGCAAUCGUAGCAUCUACAUGAUCCAUUAUGCAUUAAUCAACACCUUUAAUCAUUCUUCUGGAAAUGUAUAUAUUCACCUGUAAUUGAGCUGUUGAAUAAACAUGACUUGGGAAUCGG